CCCAGAAUCACGGAGUCAUUUGCUAAGAAAAUGGGAGUGUCAAGAAUUCUUCUCUUUGCUACUGUCACUAUCGUGAUAUUAGGAGUCCUUUUCCUCAACACGGCUUCGGCCUAUGAUUGCGCAUCUGGAAAAUUCAGUGGUCCUUGCUGGGCUUGGGAUGGAGAGCAGUGCCGUCGACUUUGCCGCGAGGAAGGACGUGUCAGUGGACAUUGCAGUGCGAGCCUGAAGUGUUGGUGCGAAGAAUGCUAGAUCACUUCGCUUCCUAAAUAUCUACUCAUGAUUUUUGAAUUUUUUAUUGUAUCUGAAAAUUAAUAAAGAAUUCAUUUCACUGCAAA